AUGUUAGCUGUUGUUUGGGGAGUUGAACACUUUCAUCUUUACGUCUACGGCUCACAUUUUCAGAUCAUGACGGAUCAUAAUCCUCUUUUCGGCAUUUUCAAGACCCAGAAACCUGCAACACCGCGCAUGGAUCGAUGGAAACUCCGCCUCGUGCCUUAUAAUUGCAAGUUACAAUAUCGCUCUGGGAAAGACAACCCAGCUGACUUCAUGAGCCGCCUUCCCAAACCAGUAAAUUUCAAAAACAAAACUGAGAACUUAGCUGAACUUUACGCCAAUUAUGUUUGCUCGAAUGCCAUUCUCAAAGCCAUGACUCGUGAAGAAGUCAAACUUGAAACCAAGCUGGCCCUCUCCUCCAAAAU